AUGGCCAGCAACGGCGAUAUAAAGCAUCGCCACGGAAAUGGCAAGCUUCCAAAGAAAGCCGCCGACAAGCCCAUAAGCGGCAAGAAUGAUGUCGGCAUCACGAAGACUUCGGAAGCAACGUCGUCUGCGAACACGCUCAGUCUGCUUAUUUGUGUAGGCGGCAUUUAUGCUUCUUUCCUUACAUGGGGAGUUCUCCAGGAACGGAUCACCACAACCAACUAUGGCACCGAGUCGAAGCCAGAGAUCUUCAAGUACCCCGUCGUCAUGAACACCGUCCAGUCGACGUUCGCCGCACUCCUUGGCUACAUCUACAUCCUGUUCACUCGCAAGUCGUCCACCGAUCUUCCAGUCUUCCCAUCCAAGGGCAUUGUCUGGGCACUGGGUCUCGUCGCUGUCACCUCGGCCAUGUCCUCACCAUUCGGAUACGCCAGCCUCCAGCACGUUGACUAUAUCACCUUCAUCCUGGCCAAAUCCUGCAAACUGCUCCCGGUCAUGUUCCUGCACGUCACACUCUAUCGGAAGAAGUAUCCGUUCUACAAGUACGCCGUUGUGGCUCUUGUCACAGCUGGCGUCGCCAUCUUCACGCUGCAUCAGUCCGGCGGCAAGAAGAAGAAAGGCGGGGAUGGCAAUAGCUUGUACGGCCUCAUGCUGCUCGGGAUCAACCUACUGUUCGAUGGUCUCACCAACUCAACUCAAGACGACAUCUACGCCCGCUUCCGACCAUAUACUGGGCAGCAGAUGAUGUGCGCCUUGAACAUCAUGUCGACCUUCUUGACCUCAUCAUUCCUGCUGCUUUCACCCUUCCUGGUUCAGUCCGGCUUCGCUUCUUACUUGGGUGUGGAUCCAAAAGGUGCAGGCGAGCUCCAGGACGCACUUACGUUCGUCCGACGACAUCCCACAGUCGGGUGGGACGUUCUAGGUUUUGCGGCGUGUGGCGCCAUGGGACAGGUCUUCAUCUUCAUGACUUUGUCGAUAUUCGGCAGCCUGCUACUUGUGACUGUCACAGUCACCCGAAAGAUGCUGACCAUGAUCAUCUCGGUCGUGUGGUUCGGCCACAGCCUGACAGGUAUGCAAUGGCUUGGUGUAGGCCUUGUGUUCGGAGGCAUUGGCAUAGAAGCCGAGUUGAGCAAGCGUGAGAAGAAAGCGAAGGAGGCGGCGAAGAAGAAAACUUGA